AGUCAUUCACUCAGACUCUCUCUCACACACACUCACACACACACACACACACAGAGCGGGAUAGGAGACAACAGCAAAGCAUCAGAGAUAACAAAGAAGAAAAGGUGCACGAGAAGUCAAAUUAAAGAAAAUGGCAAUCGGCAAGAAUUCCAGGAAAAGCUCAUCCAGAAGCUCAAUUCGGGCUCCAAAGUUUCUGGAUAAAUCCAGCGGCUUCUACGGUCGCCUGGAUGAGCCUGAAACCACCACAGGAGCAGAAGAGGUGAAGGGAAAUCAUGUAGAGGACAGAGGGAAUGGCAUAGAAGAUGGUAACACAGAGAGGAGAGUGAGUACCACAGCCCCAGGUGUGGUGCACAGCUCUGGGGCGAAUGAGAAGGACGAGGCUGAGGCAUUUGAUUUCAAUGAGGGGGUGAUUGAGGAUGAUGGUGAGACUCUCCUGAGCAGGAAACCCAACCGCCUCAGCAGCAAGUGGAAGAGAAGCUCCAGGAGGAAACAGAAGGACUGGAAGUUUGAGGAGGAUUCAGCCCAGGAUGAGAGACCCGGUCUAGGCAUGGAGAGUCCGGCUGAGCCCCAGCCACUGGAGGCCACCGCGGUGAUAACUGAGGUAGAGGUGGAGAAACUGAAGAGGAUGGAGGAAGAAAAUGAAAAGGUGGGAAGAGGAAAGGAGCCUGCACUUGUUCACUUUCAGGUACGGGAGGAUAAGGAUGACCAAGUCCUCAUUAGGGACAAGAAAAGGGACAGAGAAGAAGAGGGAGAAGAGGAGAGGAGGAUGGAGAGAGAGCAGGAGGAGGGAAUGACAAUGCUGAAGAGGACUACGAUGAGGAAUUACCGCAAGACCUUGGACCGAGCCUUGCGUCGUGGCUGGGAGGCUUUCAUCACCAACCUCUACAGUGUCACGCUCACACCAGUGACUCCCUCCUCGCCGCCUUCCCCUUCUUUAAAGAAGAAGCAACAGCACAACUUAGUAUUAGCCGAGUUCCGGUAGAACCGGGCCCUUUUUUAAUAUUUGCUUUGUUUAAAUCAUGAUUUAUGUUGAAUCUGUGAGGACUUUUACAGCCACAUAUGUGUUUGUGUUAUGCAUUCGGCCUCAGUGAACAUUAAUUAUUUAUGUUACUUCCUGAGUCUUAAUUACUCGACAUUAGAUUUGCUGCCUUUUGAUUUAACAGUGUUUUCAUGUACAAACAGGAGCUGUGGGAGCUAAGUAAGUUGAUUUUACAUUGAAGUCUAUGAGACUGGUUUGAACUUUCAAAAGCAGCCUUUAUAUGACGGAGUUCAACUAAACCUGGUUCCCUCCUUCUAUGUCUAAUUUCAGCUUAAAUCCAGUUCACUAUUAAAACCUCCUUUGGUUUAGCACAGUGAAACUAGUGAUGUGUUGAUGUGUAAACAAAGGCAAUGGGACAUUGUGGACGUUUGUUCUGGUGAUAUUCACGUUUCUGUGAGGUGAUCACUGCCAUUUACUGCUGUCUCGCAGCUAAUCAGUAAUCGACUGUGGUUAAUGAGACGUGGACAAACACACUCAUGCACACAGAAUGUCUGUGUCUAGACUCUCAUAUUAAAACGAUUUCAAUAUUAUUUUUGGAGUAAGAAUUUAAGUUUUCACCAACUCUACCCCCAUGUGUGCACUCAGAAAUACACAUGUGAUGUCAGGUAGAGACUCACAGUGUUUGAUCUCAUAGCUAUGAGUGUGUUCCUGUGAAGGUUAUUUAACCUGAAGGAGCAGUGUAUGAUGGAGAAAUUUUUUUUUUUGGUUUUUAUCCAUUCAUAAAAUUCUGAUUUAAAAACCAACCAACAUGUCAAACAGUAUUUGUAAAGUAUUAAUGGCCAUUGUUUAAUAAAGCAACCAUGUUUACAAUA